UUUUGUCUGUCAGGAAAUUUAUCUAUCUCAUCUAAAUUGUGAAAUUUAUUGGCAUAAAGUUGUAAUAUUCCCUUAUUAUCCUUUUAAUGUCUGUAGGAUCUGUACUAAUAUUCCUUCUUCUAUUCCUGAAAUCCAUAAUUUGUGUUAUCUCUCCUAUUGUCAUAGCCUAUCUAGAGGUUAAUCACUUUUAAUGAUUUUUUUUCAACUAAUCAGCUUUUGGUUUUACUGUUUACUUUUUUUUUUUAAAGUUGUUUCACAGAUUUCUGCUCUAUUAUUUCCUCGUUUCUUCUACAGAUUUUGGGUUUAAUUCAAUUUCCUUUUUUAGAUUCUUAAUAUGGAAACAUAGUUCACUGAGUUUCAACUUUUCUUCUUUCCUAAUAAAAGUAUUUAAAGGCAUAUCUUUCUUAGCACUGUUUUAAUAGAAUUGCACAAUUUUUGACAUGUUAUGCUUUCAUUUUUAUUCAGUUCUAAAUAUAUUCUAAUUUCCUUUGUAAUUUCUGCUUUGACUUAAGGAGUAUUUAGAAACAUUUUUAAAUUUACAAAUAUUUAGGAAUUUUUCAGAUAUGUUAUUGAAUUCUAAUUUAAUUCCACUGUGAUGAGGACAUAUAUGGUAUGAUUUCAAUUCUUUUACUCUUGCUAAGGCUUAUUUUAUAGCACAGCAAAUGGUCUAUCUUCAUGGUCUAUCUUCAUGACUAUCUCAUGUGCACAUAAAAGAAUGUGUAUUCUGCUAUUGUAGCCAUGCUAACUGUUAGCAUUCAUAAAAUAAAAUUAAAUAAACAAAUAUGGAGAAAACCCCACAUGGAAUAAAAACAGGCCCAAAUGUAAAAAGCAAUUUGAAUACUUUUGAAUAUAGUACUUGCUGGACUCUAUAUGCUCAGUGUGGUGUAUUCGGAAGGCAAAAAUAACUUAUCAAGUUUGUUAUUGGCAAUAGUAUGGGUAUAGGAAUCAUGAAACUCGUUUGUGUGUAUUAUUGGACUGAGCAAAUAGGUAAAUGUUGAAGCUGUUGAAACCAGGAUUCUCACUAUGGUAGAAGAAAAAUACUAAUAUGGAAUGAGUGAAAGAGAAGAAGAAUCCUGUGGUUUUGAAGUAAAAUUGGGGGUAUCAGUGUGAAUGUAUGAUUAAAAGAUAUGGCUCUCUCAGAACCCAGAAAUGAUGACACCAUAGCACUGAGCAUGCUUUAGAUCUUGGUUUCUAAAUGCCAUUCACCACUAAAAGGAACUAGCAUUCCUUGAGGAAAUGGCUGAAUCCAGGUUUUGAACCAGAAAAGUACAAGGUAAACUUGCAACAUCUUUUUAUGUCAGAAACUAAGUAAAUACUAAAAAAAAACUGAUGGGCUCAGGAGACAGCUUAACGAGGCUUUAACUUGCCAAAUUUGGGACAACUUAGCCUUCAAAAAAUACUGACUAUAAAUGGAUUGUAAUGUAUUCGAUCUUAAAAGAAAAGGAUCCAUGAGUAUAGAGUGAUACUAAAACAAACGUUUAAAAAGAAGAACAAACCUAACAGUAAAUGUGAAGGUGGGGAAGCAAAGGUCUUACUUACCAAAGGAUGUCAAUCAGUUCUUGUAGAAAUCUACAAGUAAACCAACACUUAGCCUGAGGUAAGUGCUAAGAUGUUAGGUUAGUAUGGGAGCACAAAAGACUCAUCUAUAUCAGAAUGAGAGGAGAGGAGUAAGGGACAGCUUUCUAAAGAUGUGAUAUCUGAGAUGAAUUUUGAAGAAAGGUUCAGAAGUGGCUUAAGUGGUAGAAGUAGCCACUUUCAUAAAUAUUUACUCAGGCACAGAUCACCAAUGAAAGCUAAAACCGCUGGGUGAAAGGUUGUUGGCAAACAGGAUAUUCAUACAGAUCUCAAAUUGUCACACACUAAAUUAGUUUUUAAAAAGGGGGAAAGGAAUAAAAUAAGUAGAAAUAAAAUAUAAUAAAUAAAAUCAGUAAAACAGGAAAAUCUGGCAAACUCCAGUUUAAUUAAAUGACCAAUUUUAACAUCACCAGUAAUUGGACAAACUGACCUCAUGCACCUUUAAUUUGUGACACUGUGAUGAAAACAACAUAAAUUAUUUUCUUGCCAAAAAUGUGUGAACUGAGUGUAAUCAUGAAAAAAGAAAAAACAAUUAGACAAAGCCAAACUGAAGGGCAUUCCAUAAAACAACUGGACUGCAUACUUCAAAAAUACUAAUGUCCUGAAAGAUUUAAAAAAAGCUAGGGAACUAUUUUGAUUAAAGGAGACUAAAGAAAUAUGAUAUGGAAACUUGAUUAGAUCCUAUAUCUUAAAAAAUCUAAAAAAGGGCCUUUCGGCCGGAACCGCCAUCUUCCAGUAAUUCGCCAAAAUGACGAACACAAAGGGAAAGAGGAGAGGCACCCGAUAUAUGUUCUCUAGGCCUUUUAGAAAACAUGGAGUUGUUCCUUUGGCCACAUAUAUGCGAAUCUAUAAGAAAGGUGAUAUUGUAGACAUCAAGGGAAUGGGUACUGUUCAAAAAGGAAUGCCCCACAAGUGUUACCAUGGCAAAACUGGAAGAGUCUACAAUGUUACCCAGCAUGCUGUUGGCAUUGUUGUAAACAAACAAGUUAAGGGCAAGAUUCUUGCCAAGAGAAUUAAUGUGCGUAUUGAGCACAUUAAGCACUCUAAGAGCCGAGAUAGCUUCCUGAAACGUGUGAAGGAAAAUGAUCAGAAAAAGAAAGAAGCCAAAGAGAAAGGUACCUGGGUUCAACUAAAGCGCCAGCCUGCUCCACCCAGAGAAGCACACUUUGUGAGAACCAAUGGGAAGGAGCCUGAGCUGCUGGAACCUAUUCCCUAUGAAUUCAUGGCAUAAUAGGUGUUAAAAAAAAAAAAAUAAAGGAC